GCCUAAUUGUUGUGAUAAACUUAUUAAAUAGUUUGUUAUAAAAUGCCGACCUUGCAAAGUCUUACACAACAGGGCAAUGAAAAUGACUCUAUCAUUGAAUCAGCACUUGUUACUAAACAAAAAGCAGAUAUGGGUAAUGCUGCAAGAAAUUGUUGGAUUUCCUUGGCUCCUUCAAAGUACGGAAGGGGGAGCAGGAAGAAAUCUCAAAAACACAAGAAAACCUGCUUUUCGUCUAAAUUGAGAAAAUCAAUUGCAUUGUUUGAUCCUAAAACAGUAGAAGUCAACUUUGAGUCAAUAAUUCCUCUCACCGUACUCUGGGAACAGUACAUGGAAACAAUUUUUCCAAGGGAUCUUGAUCUGUCCAAUACCUUAAGAUUGUACAAAUGUGAAUUAACUGGAGCUGUAAUCAUAGUGGCAGAAUCGCGAUGUAAGUCCUAUGUUGGAAAAAAUGGGAUUAUUGUUCAAGAUUUGAAAAACAGUUUUCGAAUUGCUACUCCGCAAAAUAGAUUACUGAUGAUUCCCAAAGCUGGCUCUAUUUUUCUAACACAUUUCAAGGAUCAUGAAAUCCGUCUGAAAGGAGAUUUUUUGGCUCACAAGUCUUACGAACGAUCGCGAUCAAAAUGUAAACUGCAGAACAUAAAGCGAACUGUCUAGAACAAAUGUCAAUUUAUUUGUUUGUGCGGGCUGAUUACACACAAGCCAAGUGUAGUGUAAUAUUACGAAGAUUUUUUUCUAACCUAAGUCGCACUUUUCGUAGAAAUUUAAAUUUUCCUCAAAUUACUAUACCAUUUUCCAUAAAAAAUGUUACCAAUGGACAAACGGGCUGCUCUUCUAUUUGCCUGCAUAUUUCGGUAGUCUCUUUUCAGUUUACCCCAUGCUCUACGUCCUUCUGCUCUACCCCAUGCUCUACGUUAACCCAAGCCCAUUUUUUGAUAUUUUGGUUAUUUCUUGAAACUUUUCUCAAAAAGAACUGUGCGUGUGCCAAAUCUGAAGUUAAGGGUAUAACCGAAAGAAAAAAAACAGAUAUUUGAAUUUUCCCCGCGCAAGCUAUGCACAGCGUUUUGAAAAUAAUCAUGGUCUUAGAAAAUGUCCAAUUUUUGAAGUUUUGCCCGUUUUUUUUUGGGAAAAAGUUGAUUGUUAAUUCAAACUAACAUGGCGCUUAGAUUUUCUCUGCGUAAUCUGUUUCACUUUUUUUUCUGUAGAAAAGCCGAUAUGGAUUUCGGCAAAAUCCAUUUUUACCGAUUUUUUUUUUUAGAAAUUUCAUCGCUUUUCUCGACAACUACUGGCUAAAUUUGAUAUUAAGAGUUCAAUCAAAAAAUCAGAGCGUGGAAAUCUCUGCGUUAGAGAAAAGGAGAUUGAGGAAAAGUCAAAUUUGUGAUUUCUUAUAGUUUUUUUCGGAAUCUUUUUCUUUUUUUUUCGAAAACAUCCCAGCUAAAUCUGAGAAAAAGAAUUCUAUUGAAAGAGCGAUUAAUAUUUUCCUCCUUUUAAUAAGCAGCUUAGUUCUUACUUAAGCAGAGAGUUUACCAGGGUUUUGCGUAAAGCCCGUUUUUUGAGAUUUGAAAAUUACCCAUUUCCGUACCAGGGCAAUAUAUGAUUUAAAAAAUAUAUAAAAACAGGUACAUCCAGCAUUAGCUGGGCCAAUAAUUUACUUUCAAGUGACCGUGGCGAAAGGACGUCGGAGAGACAAUCAUCAGGCCGGAGAUGCAAAUCCGGAACAUGAAGUUGUUUUUUUUUCGCUCGAAUUUUUGCUGCUUUAUUGGUCGCUGUUGUUAGUAAAAUUACAAGACUUUGUGAAGCAGAUGUGAGAACGUGAUACUCUUAAUCUCAAAAUUGACAUUCCAUCUUUUAUCAGGUGUUUUUAAUCUUUUCCUUUUUCCUUAUUUCACUUUGUUUUGCCUGUUUAGAGCUUUUUUUUGCAUUUUCCUUGCUUGUGUUUGCAAAGCGCAGCUUCGCCUCUUUGCUUAGAUAAAUGUUCUUAAGAGUCAAUGAACGUCAUGAAGACACUAUUAUAGGUCGUGUUGAUUUUAUAAAGUUUUUUCUUCAGGAAAAAAUAAAUGAUUACUCUCAGUUAUAAUUUUAUGCGGAUUGACUUUUGUUUUCUUUAA